UCGGUCUCGAUAUUCGAUCUACUCGUGAUUGAUCGGGGGCCCGGCCGCGCUUACAAAUCUAGAUCCGGCUUGUUCGGAGACUGCGGCGGCGAUGGCGGUGGAGGCGGCGGCGGCGUGGUAUGAAGAGUUGCGACAGCUCGAGUACCUCGAGGAAUCCAUGCAUAAGAAGCUACGGUCCAUCUCCAGGAGGCUGAUGAUGGCCAAGGAUUUGUCCGAGGCGGAGGCGGCCAAGCUCAAGGAAGAGCAAGCGUUGUUGCGAAAGCAGGUUGGGCGGUUCGGCCCUGAUGUGUCGCGGAGGCCAGAUUUCUCAUGCAUGACCGAGGCCGAGCGAGCGGCGGCGGCGGAGAGGCUGAGGAACGACGAGCUUCACUAUGCGCGCCGCCUUAUGCAAGAGGGCAACUCCAGGGGUCAGGCGAUGGAGGCCUUUGCUCGCUUCGUCGACUUCGAUCCCAAGCAGGGGGGCCGCUACUACAGCCGAUGCAGCCGCGGCGGCCUCUCCAACCUCGACCUCGACGAGGAGUCACCCAUUGGUCCGAUGAAGCUUAUCGAUUCCCCCUACAGAAAAGAGAGCGACUUUGGUUGGCUGUGUACGGCUGUAAACUUACGGCUGUAAACUUCCUGUCUGUCAAGAUAGCCUCUUCGGAUGUCGGCUUCCCAAUCCAUGUCUACGGCACUAUCAUUGUCAGGGACAGCAUCGAUGUGAGGUUUGUUUAUCACUUCCGCCGCGACAGCAACAAUUGCCAACUCAUCAAUUCCGAGGCUGAAUCAUUGAUCUUGACUGGGCCGAAACGUGGUCUCGCAUUGUGUGGAGAUAUGUAUGUGGAGACUGAUCUCAAGAUGAAGGAUGAUCUAAUACAGGACAGAGAACUUAGCAAAGGAGUCAUAAGCAUCAGGAGCGCAUCAACUGGUCCAUCGGUGACGGGAUACACGUUUCAGACCAAAUCUCUUGCUACCAGGCUCAGUACUGUGGAUGUGAGUUAUACAGUUGUGGAUCGUGCACUGGAGGGAACUAUUGCAGUUGAAGUUCUGCAGGGUGGCUUUCAUGGCAAAAUCGCUGCCUACACUGCCGACAUGAAGUACAUGCUUGUGCUUUAUGAUAGCGAAGAGGCUGAUGCGAUGACUGUUGACGAUUAUGGACUUCUCGAGCUUUUGCGACCUGUUGUAUCUGUCUAUGUCAAGGAUUUGCUGAUGAUUGCUGCCGUGACCAGUGAUGGUAAAUCUGAGCGCAUACUAUUCACUCCAAGGAUCAACACCAGAGAUGAAUGCCCACUUGCUGUUGGUGCAACCAAGUUGCAUGUGAAGCUUUCUUGGUCAGUAAUGGCCCCCUGACUGAUUUGCAUAAUACCCCAUUGUUAGAGCAACCAUAAUGUAGUGAAAAAGUAGUCCAUAGUGAAUUAAAUAUUCUGUACUAGGUGACCGAAACAUUGUGAGUAGUCAAUAGGCAAGAAAUAGCAAAAGCUAACCACAGCACUAUGGGCUGCCCAUAAGUCAUUUAUUUGUAAACUUUGAUGCCUCUUGAAGAAAUGUCCAAUCCCAUUUAGAUAUGCAUGUGCUUUUGCACUAACAUCAACAGAUUGCUCUGGAGAUAUCGAUACUGAAGUAAAUGUCCUCUUUUCUU